AGGAGCAAGAACUACUUUAGUCAAGAAAAAUCAAGAUGGCGAUGUGGCAGCCUGCUGAAGAUGGUCUUCGACAAAUAUUACAAUUGCUAAAGGAAUCUCAAUCACCCGACACUGAGACACAAAGGGCUGUACAGCAGAAAUUGGGAGAACUGAACAAUUAUCCUGACUUCAACAAUUACUUGAUUUUUGUCCUGACAAAAUUGAAGACUGAAGAUGACCCAACACGAUCGCUGAGUGGUUUGAUUCUGAAGAACAACGUGAGGGCCCAUUUUGAAAGAUUCCCUGCGGAAGUGACCUCUUUUAUCAAGCAGGAAUGUCUGAACAGCAUUGGAGACCCCUCUCCAUUAAUUCGAGCCACAAUUGGCAUCAUCAUUACUAACAUUAUCUCAAAAGGAGAGUUGCACAAGUGGCCAGAAGUUUUGCCUCAUUUGUGCACCUGUCUGGACUCUGAGGAUUACAAUGUCUGUGAGGGUGCUUUUGGAGCUUUGCAGAAAAUUUGUGAAGACAAUGCUGAGACUUUGGAUAGUGAUAUUGCUGACCGGCCUCUCAACGUGCUUAUUCCAAAAUUCCUCAACUUCUUCAGACAUCAAAGCCCCAAAAUUAGGUCUCAUGCCAUAGCUUGUGUGAACCAGUUCAUCAUCAGCAGAACCCAGGCCCUUAUGGUGCACAUUGACACUUUCAUACAGAAUCUGUUCUUCUUGGCCAAAGACGAAGACACUGAAGUGCGUAAGAAUGUGUGUCGAGCUCUAGUCAUGUUGGUGGAAGUGAGGAUUGACCGACUGAUGCCUCACAUCGACCAGAUCAUACAGUACAUGAUGGAACGGACUCAAGAUGGGGACGACACAGUGGCACUUGAGUCUUGUGAGUUCUGGCUGUCCCUGGCAGAACAGAAAGUGUGCAAAGAAGUGUUGGGGCCCCACAUUGAGCGCUUGGUGCCCAUCCUCGUGAAGGGCAUGAGGUACUCUGAGAUUGACAUCAUCCUACUGAAGGGUGAUGUGGAAGAAGAUGAAAUGAUUCCGGAUAAAGAGUCUGAUAUCAAGCCAAGGUUUCAUAAGACACGCACCCAUUCUACUCAGAAACAUGAAGGGGAUGAGGAAGCUGACCCUGAUGAAGGGUAUGAUGAUGAUGAUUCUCUGUCGGACUGGAAUCUGAGAAAGUGUUCAGCUGCAGCGCUGGACGUGUUGGCCAAUGUGUUCCACGAAGAAGUGCUGCCUGUGCUAUUGCCCAUCCUAAAGGAGACUUUGUUCCAUGCUGACUGGGAUGUGAAGGAGUCUGGCAUCUUGGUGCUUGGAGCCAUAGCAGAGGGUUGCAUGAGCGGCAUGAUCCCCCAUCUUCCUGAGCUGAUUCCCUACCUCAUCAACUGUCUGGCUGACAAGAAAGCCUUGGUGAGGUCCAUCACCUGCUGGACCUUAAGUCGCUACGCACACUGGGUGGUGGGCCAGCCUCAUGACAACUUUCUCAAGCCAUUAAUGACAGAGCUGCUGAAGCGAGUGCUAGAUGCCAACAAGAGAGUCCAGGAGGCAGCUUGCUCAGCAUUUGCCACUCUGGAGGAAGAAGCCUGCACUGAGCUAGUCCCAUACCUGGGCUUCAUCCUGGAGACUCUAGUCUUUGCUUUCGGAAAAUAUCAGCAUAAGAACUUGCUCAUUCUCUAUGACGCCAUAGGGACGCUAGCUGAUUCUGUUGGUCACCAUUUGAAUAAACCGGAAUAUGUCAACAUGCUCAUGCCUCCACUAAUCCAGAAAUGGAACAUGCUCAAGGAUGAAGAUAAAGAUUUGUUCCCUCUUCUGGAGUGUUUGAGCAGUGUGGCCACAGCCCUGCAGUCUGGCUUCCUUCCAUAUUGUGAGCCAGUGUAUCAGAGAUGUGUUUGUCUGGUGGAGCAGACCCUCACGCAGAACUUUGCCAACAUGUCUCAACCGGAUCAGUACGACCCCCCCGACAAAGACUUCAUGAUUGUUGCACUGGACCUGCUGUCUGGCCUGGCUGAGGGCCUGGAGGGUCACAUCGAGGGGCUGGUGGCCAACAGCAACAUACUCAAGCUGCUCUUCCAGUGCAUGCAGGACCCAAUGCCAGAAGUGCGCCAGAGUUCUUUUGCUCUUCUUGGGGACCUCACCAAAGCUUGUUUCCAGCAUGUGCGACCAUUUAUUUCGGAAUUCAUGCCAAUCCUGGGAGCUAACUUGAACCCAGAAUUCAUCUCUGUGUGUAAUAAUGCUACUUGGGCCAUUGGGGAAAUCUCCAUCAAAAUGGGUGCCGACAUGCAGCCCUUCAUUGGGAUGGUGUUGACUCAACUGAUUGACAUCAUUAACCGCUCCAAUACUCCCAAGACUCUGUUGGAAAACACAGCCAUAACUAUUGGGAGACUGGGCUUAGUUUGCCCGCAAGACGUGGCCCCACUAUUACAACAGUUUAUCAGACAAUGGUGCACAUCCCUGCGCAACAUCCGGGACAAUGAGGAGAAGGAUUCUGCCUUUCGUGGUGUGUGCCUCAUGAUUGGUGUGAAUCCUUCUGGAGUGGUCCAGGACUUCAUCUUCUUCUGUGAUGCAGUAGCCUCAUGGAUGCACCCAAAACCAGAUCUCAAAGAAAUGUUCUACAAGAUCCUGCAUGGCUUCAAGACCCAAGUUGGGGAGGAGAAUUGGUCCAAGUUUUCAGACCAGUUCCCACAGCCCCUGAGAGAACGUCUGUCUGCCAACUAUGGCGUGUGAUCCAUGUUGGCGUCAUGUGGACGUUUGGGGUUCCAGGGACUUGUGGUGCCCGGAGUCUGUGCUGUGGGUAUCAGGACCCCUGUGACGGGCGGGCGGGCAGGGGCGGGACCGGGUGGGCCUAGGGCUCUGGGAGGGGGAGGGCUCUCCGCGAGCGCACACUACGAUGAGCUACAGGAGGGGGGAGGGAAGGACGAGCAUCCUCACUCAUCUCACUCAUUCUCUGCUGUCUCUUCAGAUCACUACUGACACAUGAGACUUUUCCCCCCACCUUAGGAAGCUUAGCUUUAGCCAUUAACCGUUUUCUCCUUCAGCGACUAAACAAAGCUAUCUGUGCUAGUGUGGUGGGACACGCGGCUAGUUCCUCACACAGGCAUUGGCAUACCUACCAGUCAGGACCCUGUGAUCGGAAAGCAAAUAGAUUUUGUGAAUUAUUUUACCUACGAAGUAAGAAAUUAAAUGUGUGGAGCUAGUCACAGACACACACAAGGGUUAGCGCCAUGAGGCGCAUUGUGCUUCUGUCUUCUCUCUAUGUUGGUAACAUUGAACAAUGCUAGGAAGGAAAGGCAUUCAGUGUCAAGUUUUUGUGGCAGUUGUACUUUUUCCCAUUGUCACUACUAAUGCUGCACUGCAUAAGUGUCUGUACUAUUUUUUUGACUCUACGGAAUUCCUUGCAUGAUCUCAGUGUUUUGUGAUAAUUUUGACAGCCUGUUUGGCUUUGUUGGGAGUACAGGCUACAACUGCUUUGUGCGUCACUCACACUGGUCACAACAGCAAGGCUAGGCUGAGGUCAGGGGGUUGUAUUGAUACAAGUGAAGGCAGGGGCAGGGAGUGCUCCCCAUGUCAAGGGUCUAACAGUCAAGCUGGUGAUGUGGUCUUGUCUGCGUCUUUUUCGGGAAGCAGCGGGUUUUAAGUAUUGGGGAUAGAAGAGACAAUAACUGAAGAAGUUAAUAAUGUGUUUGCCAUGAUGUGGUAAGAGCCUAGUCUCGUUGUUGUCAGUGUCAAGUGUGGCGCUGCCACUAGCACCAAUCUCAGUUUUUGAGCUGGCCCCGUCUUUCACAGAGGGAAGGCGGCCUGUUUCUCCUGUUUGUCUGGGCACUGUGUUCUCUCUAUAGUCAUGUUAGGUACUCUCGUCUCAUCAUCAGUGUCACAGCUGAUUUUGUGCAUUCGUCAAGCCUCCCAUGUACACGUCUCCUCCGUCAUAUUUUAUGCCUCAGUCAGGCUACCGUAACCUGCGGCACCAUGAGAAGGUAGCCACCGAGUGCGGCUGGCGCUGUCACGCCUGUCCUUAGCUGUGGUGGUGGGUCUGGACAGUAGACAGCUGGCCUCUGUGUGUGCACCUUCUGGCGGUGUCCUAUGGGGCAGUUUAUUUUAUGGUCUCAGCGAAAGAUCUAAGCUGACUGUCUUCUAACGCUGUAUGCUUGUCCCAAUGAUGCCGUGGCCACUGCUGCCCUCAGGGGACUGAAGAGGCUGGCCCAAGCUCUUGUGGACAUGCUGUGUGUGUGUGCCUGGACCCGACUAAGAGCAGCGCUGAGGCUGCAAGCCAACUGUGAUACGCACGCACACACACUUUAUGGCAGAUGGCAGCUGGUGAUAGCCACUCGUGCUUGCUCUGGCUCUGAAUACUUUAUCUCAAAUUCUAAAUUAUAAUUAUAUAGUAUAUAUGGUUGGUUCAGAUGUACUGUGCUGUACUCGUAGAUGAAAUUUCAUGCACAGUUUUAUCUUCUUGGGGGAGGGGGGGUGGUUCAAUCUCAUUUGUGUUGGUUUCAUUGGGGAGGGGGGAAGGAAAGGAAAAGUGCAGCAGAGUUGUCACGAAUGUCUAUCAUCAUCUGCCACUCUCAUGGACUACUUGAUGCCCUGAUAAGUUGAUCCUCCAGUUAAAUCAUUUUUCGAAGAACCGCAUUUGAUUUCGAUUGAAAAGGUUUUGCAUGUUUUUGUUGGUUUUUUGUUUUAAAAUUCCUGCUAAUUCUGCUGAGCAGGGGGAAGGGUGAGGCUUGCACGGGGUUUCAAGAGAGAAUUAAGACUCUUGACAAUAGCAAUUGCUUUUAACUAAAGUCUUGUUAUUAUUUUGGAAACGGCUUGGGCUUUGUUAGACAUGUCCAUAUUAGGGUUUGGUGCUCACAGCUUCGUAUGAUAAUGGUUAUGCUUUGCUCUGAAUAUUUUCACUCGGGUACUUUGGAACAGAUUUUUACUUUGUACACCAGCUAGGUCCUGGCAGAUUUUUAUAUUUAUUCCAAUAGGUGAGGGGUGGUUGUACUGUUAUGGGUUGGUAACGUCUUGCAAUAGAUGAACGAGGCAAUUAUUGUUCUUUGCCAGCAGUAGCGUAAGUGGCUUCUCCAUUUCCAUGACAGUUCUGUUGUUUCUCACUGUGAGCAUGGAUAAAAGUAUCAUAUUACUGUAGAGUCUUGAGGGGAAAAUGGUCAAGCUCCUGGUGAUUUUUCCUAGUGCAUAACGUGUGUACUUUUUGCUGUGUGUGGAAACAAUUGGUCAUCAAUUGUGGUUCUGGAGGAUUGACUUGUCAGGUGCAACUGUUUGAAAUGCCUGGCUGAGGAUACUACUCUCUUCUGUCAGUCAUUUUGUGCAGUUGUUGUGGAUAUUAAACAGAGUUUUUUAUAUUAUCAGUUGUGAAAGCAUGGGCUGAAUAUUGCCAUAGCCUAUGCUGGAUCAACUGGCUAUAUUUGUAUAUUUAUAAUUUACAUUUUCUUUAUUCUCAAUCUUUGAUCAUUUCUGCGGAGGUUGUUUUUUUCCUGUUUUUGUGGGUGAAAUACUGUUUGUUCUCGAGUGUUGUGCAAGUCGCUACAACUGUGUUGUGCUUCUGUGGUCGUGUGACGUGUGUUCAUCUUGCCACUACAUAUCAUCACCAUCUUGUGUAUUGUCUGGGCGGACUGCGGGGGGAGAGAGAGCUGGUCUCCACCUACUGGUGUGCCCCACUUGCAGUCUUUGUGGAGCAAGAUGUGCCAGUCUCUAUGGGAGGCUGGCUUGGGUGUGUUGUGGGUUGAUUGUGAAUUGUCUAUGUACAUAGCUUGUUUUGUAUAGGAAGUUUUUGUGUUUGCCAUCUGCCAGUGCACUGUACAGGGUUACACCCUCCAUGAAUGUCACAGUUUUUUUUUUGUCCUUUGAAAAGAAAACAGAUAUUACUAAGCCUAUGUUGUGGUCAGUGUGUCCAGCUGACUGUCUUAUGAUUUUAGCAUGUAGCUUGGAGCUGAGGUCUCCUCAUGACACAGUGUGCUGGGUGUUGCUCCUCAUUCUAGUGUAUAAUAAAGAGCUGCAUACAAAA